AUGAUGGAAGGGAAAAGGCGGGAAUCUGCAGAGGGGGAAGCUGAUACAUUUACCAAGAUGAAAACUACUUUAGGACGUGUUUCCAUUGAGAUGAAACAUAGCCAGCCUGAAAUUUUAACUAUACCUACGGAAAAUCAUCUAACUCUUGCUGGAAUUUCCAGGACAGAUAAAGGACUUGCAUUUAGUUCUGAAAACCAUAAUCUUAAGACUGAUUUACUAAAUAAGCCAGUUGAUAAAGGAUCCCUUUGUAGUCAAGAUACGUGUUUAAACUGCACAGGUGAAACUGCAGUUGAUCAUUUGAAACAUACGCUUAACAGGGAAAAUGAAAACACAGUGCUAGACGUAAAAAUGCAGCCAUGUACACAAGAUUAUUGCAAUGAAGUCCUUGGAAAAUAUGAAAAAUUAUCUGAAGAGGCUCUUUCAGAAGCAGCAAGAUGUCCAUAUUUACCAGAACUGCAACUACAUUCAUACAGUGUUCAAUUUUCUUCAUUAAUGACACAAGAUAGAAAUACUGUACUAUCUCUUGUCACCAAUGCUCCUGAUGGAACAAUCAGUACAAAUACAGAAAUUACACCAAAUGAGAUCAAAGAGACAGCUGUAAGCCUUGUAGUAAAUAAUACUGAAGAAGGUGUUUUUCACAGUUCAAAUGGUACAGAGGCAGGCCACAAUCUGGCAGCAGAACAAAAUGCUGUGGAGGAAUCCACUUAUUCACAGAGAAAUUACUCCACUCCUCAAGUGAUAAUAUGUCAGUUGAAAAAUGGCACUCAUAUACUUUGUGUAAACAAUACCGAGACAAGAGAAUUGAAAGCUAUUCAUUUGGUUUCCCAGUAUCAAGAACAGCGUAAAUUAACUAUAAACUAUUUCCCACAUUCUGCUGUCAGUGAUACUUGCCUAUUCAGAAUCUUCACUCUCCCACUCUGGGAAAAGCUAGCUCCCAAUACAGCACUGAUACCAUAUGCAAGCAACUCGGUAACAUCUGUACUUGGGCAGUUUUUGCCAGUUGCAGGUAAACUGAAUACCUGUGCUGAAGAGCCUGAUAAUGGAUCCAUACAUACAAGCAGUUCAGAUCUGACUCUUCAGGAGCCAACAAAACUAACUUUAGUUGGGUUUCCUUAUGCUUCCUGGGAUACAAAAUCAAAGAAGCCAUGCAAUUGCACUAAAUCACAAUGCCUCAAACUAUACUGCGAUUGUUUUGCCAAUGGUGAUUUCUGUAGUAAUUGCAACUGUAAUAAUUGUUAUAACAAUCCAGAGCAUGAAAUAGAACGGUUUAAGGCUAUUAAGGUAAUUCAGGCUUGUCUUGACAGAAAUCCAGAAGCUUUCCUGCCAAAGAUUGGAAAAGGAAAACUUGGAGAUAUUAAACCAAGACAUAAUAAAGGUUGUAACUGUAAGCGUUCAGGGUGCCUAAAAAAUUACUGUGAAUGCUUUGAGGCUAAAAUUAUGUGCUCAUCUAUCUGCAAAUGUGUUGGAUGCAAAAAUUAUGAAGAAAGCCCUGAUCGAAAAACAUUAAUGAAUAUGCCAAUUGAAAUGGAAUUUAAAACCAAUGAAGGAAAUGAUUCUCAAUCAUUUUCUAACUCUGAAAUAUUAUCAAAAACCAAGAAAGAAAGACAAUCUAGUACGUGUAUAUCCUGGGAGGUGGUUGAGGCAACAUGUGCCUGUCUUCUUGCUCAAGGUGAAGAGGCAGAAAAACAAGAUUACUCCAUUUGCUUAGCUGAACAAAUGAUCCUAGAAGAAUUUGGGAGAUGUUUAUCACAGAUUCUUCACUCUGAAUUUAAAUCCAAAGGACUGAAAGUAGAAUAA